UCAGUCCACAGUCGUCUGAAAAGUAGCAGCACCAUGUUUAAAUUGGUGUUAGCCCUCGCUGUGCUCGGCCUUACCGCCGCCAAGCCCCAUUAUCCCGUGUACUCGUCUUACUCUUCAUACUCGGACCCCAUCGGUUUUUCCUCGUACGUUGAGCCCGUCGCGACUGUCGGGGCUACCGCACCAGUUGCCACCGUUGCCCAAGUUACUCCAGUUGCCCGCGCUUACCCAGUCGCCCAAGCCGUGGCUACCCCCGUCGCGACUGUUGCUGCUGCCGCACCCGUCACCACUGUUUCCCAAAUCACUCCAGUUGCCCGCGCUUACCCAGUCGCCCAAGUCGCCCAGGCCGUGGCUACCCCCGUCGCAACUUUCGCUGCUGCCGCACCCGUCACCACCGUUGCCCAAGUUACCCCAGUUGCUCGCACUUACCAAGUUGCCCAAGUCGCUCAACCAGUGGCUCAAAUAACACCUGUGACACGUACCCUGCCGAUCCAGUACAACCAAUAUACUGCCCCCGUGUCUACCUACACCUACAGUCAAGUAAGUCCUGUGACUCGUACUGUUCCUGUUGGUCAGUACACUCCUGUUAACCAAGUUGCCUCUAUUGGCCGCUUCGCACAGGUUGCCCCAGUUACCACUGGUUGGUCACAGGUAGCCACGUACCCCGCUUACUCAACCUACUCCGGCUACUCCGCCGCUGCCCCCGUCUACGGCUACGAAAACUACGGCAACUACGCAUACGGUCUGUGGAAACGCAAGUGAAUGACC